GGCUGAUAGCUCCCAAAUCGCCAUUCCCUCUGCUUCCGCCAACGACCGUACCAGCCUCCUUCUUCUAACCGCCGGUGCCCGGAGGCCCCAUUUUUCUCCAUGCCAAUAGUCAGUUGCUGGCAGUGACGCUUCCUGUGCUCCUCGUUUGGCAUCUGCUAGUCGCGGUAGCUGCCUGUCGAGAUCCCCUGGUCGCAGUCGUUUCUCUCUCUCUGCAUUCCUCCCCGACGAGAUGGUUACAAUUUCGGAAACUGGAGAAAUAAAGUUUGGGGCGGGACCGCCAGAGACUCAGGCAGGGACGCUGUUUUACCCAAUUCUGGGCGCUGGCGCCCCAGUCUCAAGCGGCCCCGCUUCACCUAUUUUUUUGACCCAAGAAGUAGAGCAGCCGCCGCAAGCGCUGCCGCCCAGGACUGAGGCGCCGACGCCGCAGAGUCAGGCGCCGCCGCUGCCGAGUGGAGCGCCGCCGCUGGAGAGUGGAGCGCCGCCGCUGCUGACAGAAGCGCCACCGCCCGAGAUGUCCUCCGACGAAGAACCAGUCGCCGCCGGUAGAGGCAGGGGGAGAGGCCAGCGAGGUCGGGGUGGAGUCGGCGGUCGUUUGCGCGUUCCUAGGCUUAUGGAUCCUUAUUCGAUAAGAUUACCGCCGACAACCAUUGAUCCAGGUCCGGUCGAUCCGACACUUCUUUGGGGACAUGGCCAACAUCGUAUUGACUCUGUUUGGACAAACGAGGCUGGUGAUCGAUCUUACCAUGUUCGAGGUACGACCAUUUUAGUACCUUACCAUGAGCUUUAUCGGCCAUAUCUCGAAGCGGCAGGCUUGUUAAGUGUCGUGCCCCUAGUCCCUAUGAACCCCGAUGCGAGUUUGAUUACUGCGCUCGUAGAGCGGUGGCGGCCCGAGACGUCGACCUUCCAUCUACCGUGUGGUGAGAUCACGAUCACGUUAGAGGACGUUGUUACACUGUCUGGUCUGGCGAUCGACGGUGAUGCCGUCGUAGUUGAUAUACCGGAUGAGGAGUGGUCGGCGAUCUGUUUGAGACUGUUAGGACGGGUUCCGGCUGAUCUUGUAGGCGGUGUCGCUGUUGUUAGGAUUGUUUGGCUGAGGGUUGAAUUCAGUCAUCUGCCGGAAAAUGCAUCACAGGAGGUUAUAGAGCAGUUUGCACGAGCUUAUGCUCUAUCUCUGAUUGGAGGUGUACUUUUCCCGGAUCGGUCUGGAGCUACGGUGCACCUACAGUACCUACUUCUGAUUGAAGAUUGGCAGAGAGCUGGACGGUUCGCCUGGGGAGCUGCUGUUUUAUCAUACAUGUACCGUGAGAUGGGUAGGUCGACUUUGCACAUUACGCAUACCGGCACUUCUCUAAGCGGUGACCUUGGUGGAUGGGUCGCCCUACUGCAGUUCUGGGCGUGGGAGCGAUUCCCACAUCUGGCACCUCGAGAUUCAGAGACGAGGGCACAAGCCAUCGAGGAUGCAUCCCCACGUGGUCUUCGAUGGCUUUCGGCCAACAGUCGUCAGUAUGGUGACCAGCUAUUCCAGUAUAAGCUGUGGUUUGACGCGAUGGACACCGUGGUGUGGCAACCUUACCUUGAGAGAGCACUUCAUCUCAGAGGUAGUGUGAUACAGUUUGAGACAUUUCGAGCAGUAGUGCCACUUAUCUGCUUUUCAUCGGUGAUGUGGCAUCAUCCAGACCGCGUGCUCCGGCAGUUUGGCAUGAGGCAGCAUGAGCCUCAUCCGCCACAUCCUGAGGCUGAGGUUAGGUUUUUUCUUCGCCAGGCUACUCGUGGCCCAUCGCGUGGGCAGCAGUUGGUACACGCCUCCAGAGAGUCGCUUGCUUUCUGGAACCGUCGACACGAGUUUGUAGCGACGGCUCCAUACACUGAUGAGGAGUUAGCCUACCACUCGGAGCAUAUGGAGUGGUAUAGAGAUGUCACCAGACGUUCCGGCACACGGAGAGGAGCUGCAGCAGAGGCAUUGUACGACACUAUCGAGAAUGCUGAGGUGAGUUUGCGUGACGGUGUACGGGCUGGAGGGCUGACCCCCGACCAGUGUGAGGACUUGGCCAACCUUAUGGCAUCCGGGGUUGCUACUCUAGGGUUUGAGCAGCGUAGAUACCUAAUCUCACAGUACCUGUACAGCCCCAUUAUGAGGAGCCCGUCAUGACUGCCUGGCCAGAGCGUACUGAUCCGACACCGGGUUGGGUCGUCCCAGAGCCACAGUUCAGACAGGAGCAUAGGCCACGUAGACAGCGACGUGAGCAUCGUGAUGCACCUAACCCAUUUCGGGUUUUAGAUCGACAGCGAGCACAGCCCAUCCGGCCUAUAUCGAGGAGCUUCCUGUUUAAUCUGCUUCGGUCGCAGGAUCAGGAUGGUGGUGUUGAGGAAGAUGAGCCCCAGGAGUAUGAUGGUAGACCUCUACGUAACAGGGUGUCUGCGAGGUGUGGUACUGGCGGCCAUCUAGUGGUGGAGCAUCGUGGUCGUCGUCGUGGUCGUCGUGGUGGUCGUCAGUGAGACUAUUAUUUUUGGAUUGUUAUUAUUAUGUACUUCCUUUAGACUAUUAUUUUUGGAUUGUUAUUAUUAUGUACUUUCUUUAGACUAUUAUUUUUGGAUUGUUAUUAUUACUAGAUUGGACCCGGCCAGUUGGCCGGAAUAUUUACAUUUAUUUGGGUAAAAUAUCUCAAUCAUAAAUUGUGUCUACAUCUAGUCGUUUUUGUUUCUCCUUUACUCUUGUGUUUUGGGUUUCCAUCAGAAGCAGGAGCGGUCUGUCUCGCUAAGAUGUUUCCCCCGACUUGUUUUUUUUUUUCCUUUUUGAUUCUAUGUACUAUUGACACUCUUGCGGUUCAAAUCUUGUGAACCCAAGAAGCCAUUUGGAUGCUUUGUAGAAUUGUCUCGUUAUUCUUAUUUCAUUUAAUUCAAUCGCCAUUAUAAAAAAAAAACCUGAAAAAGUGGUGGGGAGGCGAAGAAGAGAAAGUAUAAACAAAAUUUAUAAUUCAUUUUUGAUGGUCUUAGGUUACAUCAAAGUUCAACUGGUUUCACGUCCAAUUGGUAAAAACGUUCGUUCCAACUUUAGUCAUAAAAAAAAAGAACCAAAUUGCUAGAGUAACCGAUUAUGUGAUCUGACAAUUCCAAUUUCCACCCAUCAUAGUUUGGUUUGAUUCAUAUAACAGUGUUUCAAUAAUGUAGAGUAAGCACCUCAUUCAAGAAACUUUUAUUAAGGUAACCUUAAUUAUAUAAAUUUAUUUAUAUGUGAAAAAAUAUAUCCAUGAAAAUUUCACCAUUAUCUAUAUGAUAGACCAUGGGACAUUCAAGAAACUUUUAUUAAUGUA